UUAAUUACAUUUUUGUUACAGACAUCAAGCCAUGCAUAAGAUUCGUGGUGGAAGACGACGCGUUUAUGAUGGACGAAACCAACGGAAUAAUCCAAACACUUCCACCAGUAACAUGGGAUGGCACAAGAUAAUUAUUCGUGAUGGCUGCAUGUAUGACAAGAAUGAAGUUCUGGAUAAUUUAAAGGAGUAUGUAGAAGAAUCAUUUGUACCAAUAUUGUAUGAAGUAGAAGGAAACAGUUUGGUGUUUUACCUGGAAGACAAUGGUGCUGCUGCCAAAGCCAUCACAAAUGUUAACCGCAGAGUCACCAUGAGGAAUGGCUCAAGACUCAUCAUCUGUAACAACAGAUCACCUCCCCCCAACAGACCACUCCCUGUCCAGCAGCAAGAGAAAGUGAUGCACAUCAUGAGUGAACGUUACUGCCUUGAGAUGAAGCGUUUGGACUUGAAAAAUUUUCAUAAUGCUCCAAGUUUGAUCAAGGAACAGAUUUUCUUCCCUCUGUAUCGAACACCAAAUAUGAAGAUCAUUGUAGAUAUCAUCAUUCAGAAUAUUCCUCAAGUAGAAGAAAUUGAUUUGAGCUGCAACAAAAUCCACACUCUUGAGGAAAUUGAGCGAAUUAUACCAGUGUGCACAAAUUUGAAGAGGCUCAACUUGGAGAAGAACAAGCUGAUGAAUGUCGACUGCCUGGCCAAACUACAGGGACUAGCCAUCAUGGAACUCAGCCUCGAAGGGAACCCUCUCUGUGACAAGUUCACCGAUACGGAGACAUACUUCAGUGCUGUGAGAAAACACAUCCCGAAAGUCAUGUAUCUAGAUGGCCAGGAGCUCCCAAAAGCUAUAGGAUUCGAGGUGGAAGAAGAGGUCAGCAAGUUGCCACAGGCUCGCCCUUCAUUCUUUGUGAUUGAAGGAGUAAAGGACAUUGUGUUGAAAUUCAUACAGCAAUACUAUGAAAUAUAUGACACUGACAACAGGAGACCCCUUGAGCCUGCAUACACAGAGAAUGCUUCAUUCUCUUUGACAUGUGUGUUCCCUGAUGCUGGACCAGUUGCCAGGUAUUCGGGUGCUUAUGUAGCAGAGAACCGCAACUUAAAGAAGGUUCAAGCUUCUGACAAAAGACAGAAACUACUGAUUCAAGGGAGGUCCAACAUCAUUAAUACAAUUUCCAACUUUCCCAUGACAAUGCAUGAUCUCGGUUCCUUCACUGUGGAUGUACCUGUGGCUGAU